UAUUUCUAUUUCUACCUUCAUGUAUCUGAAAACUGUUUAGAAGUUGUUUAUCAUUUUCUCCAUUUUUUUGUCAUCCUCUUCCUACUUCCACCCACUUCUGUGUGAGAUGAGCUACUGUUUGGAAGGGGGGCUGGCUAGUGUGAUAUCGAAAGACCUUCCUUCCCUCCCAAGUCUCAGCAUAAUUAGAAGUCCACAUCUUUCAAUUCCUUUUUAUAAGUCCAUGAGAAACACAUCCAACGUGAGCGGUCGCCAAGAAGCUUGCCAAUUCCUGCUUUAGGAACUUUAACCAGACGACAGACCAAAAUACCAUCUAGAUUUAGAAAGCCUCAUUGGCAUAUUGUGAAGGAAAACUAGCGUAUACAUCUUAUCAUUUACGUAUUCCAAUGCAGUCUUUAUUUUAAUUAUGCAGAGGUACUCUGUAUAGCAAAUAGGGUGUUGAUUUUAAAUCUGAUUUUAAAAUUUAAAAAUUUGUCUCUAUACGACUUUAGAUAUAUUGGGCUGCCUGACCUCCUUGGGUGAUUUUAAUUAAUAGAUCUUAUGGUGAAAGGGAAUUGGCCUUCUGAGUUUUGUACCACAGAUCUGGGAAUGUAAGUAAUUUUUUAACUUGCAUCUUUUAAUUCUGUUACACAUUUCUUGGAAGGCUACCAUUGGGCCUGUGACUUUAUACUACUUUCAUUCCUAACUUGUAAAUUUUAUAUGCUUUAUUGAAUGUAACAGAGAAGGGACUCCGAAGUCUUCUUUACAAAAACUUUCAAGAGAUUAGGAUGACUUUGUAUUGUGCCAUUUCUUUGCCGUUUGCAGUAGAUGAAUUUGCCGUAAUGCUAACCAUCUCACUGCUUCCUGAGUACUUGGGAACUGCAGAGGCCGCUGCGGAUGUGCUGACUCUCGCUAUGGGCAGAUGUUACCCAGAGGCCCACUGUCAUCCAGGCAGCUUAUAUUGCAAAUUAUAACCUAUUGCCUGCACCGUUGCUGACGCCCAGUGACCCAUGUCAGAAGUACUUCCAGCUGACUCUGGGGGUGAGACCUUGGCAGUGUUUAUGGCCAGCAGCGGAACCACAGAGGUUGCCACUCGAAACAGCCCAGCCACACCACCCAACACUCUUAAUCUCCGUUCCUCCCACAAUGAACUGUUGAAUGCUGAAAUCAAACACUCGGACACCAAGAACAACACACCCCCCAAAUGCAGGAAAAAAUAUGCACUGACUAACAUCCAGGCAGCCAUGGGCCUAACGGAUCCCGCGGCGCAGCCCCUGCUGGGAAGUGGCUCAGCCAACAUCAAGCUCGUGAAAAAUGGGGAGAAUCAGCUCCGGAAGGCUGCAGAACAAGGGCAGCAGGACCCCAACAAAAACAUUAGCCCUGCUGCCGUCAUCAACAUAACUUCUGAGAAGUUGGAGGGGAAAGAGCCCCACCCACCUGAGCCCUCAGGUUGUGAGAUUUUGCCCUCCCAGCCCAGGAGAACAAAGAGCUUUCUCAACUACUAUGCAGACCUGGAGACCUCAGCCAGAGAACUGGAGCAGAGCCUGAGCAGUCACCAUGGGCUGGGAGAGGAGAAAGGCCAGCCAGGCCAUGCCUCCACCCUCACUGGGACUGGUGACUUGCUGCUGCAGAAAUCAAACAAACCCCAGUCCAGCCCAGAAGAUGGCCAGGUAGCCACAGUCUCAUCCAGCCCAGAGACCAAGAAGGAUCACCCUAAAACGGGGGCCAAAACUGAUUGUGCACUCCACCGGAUCCAGAACCUGGCCCCAAGUGAUGAGGAGUCCAGCUGGACAACUCUGUCCCAAGACAGUGCCUCUCCCAGCUCCCCGGAUGAAACAGCAGAUAUCUGGAAUGAUCACUCCUUUCAAACAGAUCCGGAUCUGCCACCUGGCUGGAAAAGAGUGAACGACAUUGCUGGCACCUACUACUGGCACAUCCCGACAGGAACAACUCAGUGGGAACGGCCUGUGUCCAUCCCAGCAGAUCUUCAGGGUUCUAGGAAAGGGUCUCUUAGUUCUGUAACGCCAUCUCCCACCCCAGAGAAUGAGAAACAGCCAUGGAGUGAUUUUGCUGUUCUGAAUGGGGGAAAGAUUAAUAGUGACAUUUGGAAGGACCUGCAUGCAGCUACAGUUAACCCAGACCCCAGUUUAAAGGAGUUUGAGGGAGCGACCCUACGCUAUGCAUCCUUGAAACUCAGAAAUGCUCCUCAUGCGGAUGAUGAUGAUUCUUGUAGUGUCAACAGUGACCCAGAAGCCAAGUGUUUCGCUGUGCGCUCUCUUGGAUGGGUGGAGAUGGCAGAGGAGGACCUCGCCCCCGGGAAAAGCAGUGUUGCUGUCAACAACUGCAUCAGGCAGCUUUCUUACUGCAAAAACGACAUCCGGGAUACCGUGGGCAUUUGGGGCGAGGGCAAGGACAUGUACCUGAUCCUGGAGAAUGAUGUGCUCAGCCUGGUGGACCCUAUGGACCGCAGCGUCCUGCACUCCCAGCCCAUCGUGAGCAUUCGUGUGUGGGGCGUGGGCCGCGACAAUGGCCGAGAGAGGGAUUUUGCUUAUGUAGCAAGAGACAAAGAUACAAGAAUUUUGAAAUGUCAUGUAUUUCGAUGUGACACACCAGCCAAAGCCAUCGCCACCAGUCUUCACGAAAUCUGUUCCAAGAUUAUGGCCGAAAGAAAGAAUGCCAAAGCCCUGGCCUGCAGCUCCCUACAGGAGAGGACCAAUGUGAACCUCGAUGUCCCUUUGCAAGUAGAUUUCCCAACACCAAAGACUGAGCUGGUCCAGAAGUUCCACGUGCAGUACUUGGGCAUGUUACCUGUGGACAGACCAGUUGGCAUGGACACCCUGAACAGUGCCAUAGAAAAUCUCAUGACCUCAUCUAGCAAGGAGGAUUGGCCAUCAGUGAACAUGAAUGUGGCCGAUGCCACUGUGACAGUUACUGGCGAGAAGAAUGAAGAGGAUGUGCUGGUGGAGUGCCGGGUACGCUUCCUGUCCUUCAUGGGUGUUGGGAAGGAUGUCCAUACAUUUGCCUUCAUCAUGGACACUGGGAACCAGUGCUUUGAGUGCCACGUGUUCUGGUGCGAGCCCAAUGCUGCUAAUGUGUCGGAGGCUGUCCAGGCCGCCUGCAUGUUACGCUAUCAGAAGUGCUUGGUUGCCAGGCCCCCUUCCCAGAAAAUGCGGCCACCUCCUCCGCCAGCAGACUCAGUGACCAGGAGAGUCACGACCAAUGUAAAACGAGGGGUCCUGUCCCUCAUUGACACUCUCAAACAGAAACGUCCUGUCACAGAAGCACCCUAGCCGCCACCUGAAAGGAUUCAUCAUUAACUGAAAAGGAAACAGCUCCACUAAAGGAAAGGAACAGACCCGCGGCCUUCCAGCCAGUUGCUGAUGCUGUGUCUCCAGAGAAUUCAUCCUUCACCAAACAGUAUUAGACAAGCAUGUUCUCUCGUCUUGCCACCAUCACGUGAUAGGAAAAGAAGCAUGAGUCAUUUUUUUUUGCAGUCAGUAAGUUACAUCACGAGCAGCAGAAGGUCUUUUUCUUAAUUGUAAAUAUGGUGAACUUGACCUCACGCACGCACAGAGAAGAAUGUGCCGCGCCCCUCCUAGUGAACCGACACUGAGGCCUCAAGAGUGAACAAGGCCUGGGUUCGCCUCCCCAUCUCACUCCCUGUCACACGCCACCUCUGAGUGCUACAGCAUUAACAGUGUUUCCAGCGGUGGCAACACUGCGACACUGACCCACAGAAUUGCUGUAAAAAUAGGAUAUGUUGGGAUUUUAGCUUUUCAUAAAGUUAAACCUGUUGGUUGACAAAAAUGGGCUGUUGGCAUCAGUGUGAAACCAAGUAGCAGCUUUCCACAGUGAGCUCUGACACAGGGAGCCUGUUGCAUGUCUACAGCUGUCUGGAGGGGGACAGUGUUGGGAAAAAAAAAAAAAAAGUAAACCUCUCAAAAUGAUUUUUUAAAAAGUACUAAAUUUGAUGGAUUAAAAAUCAAAAACCAUAGCCUUUCUCUUCCGAUGGUUUUCAAACUGAUCAUUUAACAGAGAAACUAACAAAAUCAUGCAUUUUUCUUUUCGGAUGGGACAUGUUUCAAACUCUGCCUUACAUUAUACAAUGCAGCUAGAGAAAUUCUAGAUUGUUCUAGAUUGUUCACUAUGGCCAUUCUCUAUCCAAACAUGCAAAUGAAAUACUCUUCACGAACCUUUCAUGCUUAGUUUGAUAACUAGCCAAUAUGCAAUUUGGAAAUGAAGAAAUGUCCCUCAUAUCUCUGUCAUACACAUUAUUUUAGAUCUUCACUGACACGUUAGUCUGCAUCCUAGCAGUGGUCCUGCUAGAACUGUGCAUGUAGCCUAAGUUUCUCUAGUGCUUUUCUGUCCAGAGAGCUGUCUGCCCAUUGUGUAUUGUCCAUGGCAACUGGUUACCUUUAAGUUAACCCUUUCUCAAAUUUCUGUACUUAGUAUUAGAACUUGUUGGAUUUAACUAAGUACACUGUAUAUUUUACUUUCAAGACUUAAAGUUUUCAUACCAGAGAAAUAUAUACCUAGGAAUAAUGGACUACUUAACAGUUUCCCUCAAAUGCCAAUUUCUUGCUUCUUUUCAUAUAGAUAACUUACCUACACGGUGCACAAAUUUAGACUCUAGUUGACAUUGUUGUCUUAAGAAGUUGCUAAGGAGAUCGAGUCUAAUAUUAGUUUUUCUUUUUCCUGUCAAAAUUAACGUUUACAACAUCCAGUUGAGAAAGUAGUGCUUUACAUUUUCACACUGCUGUGUAUUUGUCAAAAUACUUUCCACAUUCUUACCACAUUUGAGCCUUACAAGGUAGGAAAGGUACCAAAUACAUGGGAGAACUCAAAAUAUGAAGUCCCAGAGGUUCAAUCAGCUGGCCCAAAGCUCAUCAGAGAGGCAGAACCCGGACCCACAAUUCCCAGCUCUUGCUGUGUGGUGCCGCCUCCACUCAGGAAGAUCCUUUCCCAAUGCCUGCACGCAGGCCAGGAAGAACACAUGUAGAAACAUGGGCAGGCCAUCUUAGAGUUCCCUCUGUAGGUCCAUAAUGAGGUCGGGGACGGCGUGCUGCCGUGUGCCCCAGGUGUGGUGCGGUGGACAGGCGUCUGCACCCAGUGGCUGGUCCCAGGCUGUGGGGUUAUCCUGAGAUGAUGUUGGUUGUGGUAGAGAUUUUCCGGAUCCAUGGCCCUUCGCCACUGGUGAACACGAUGGGAUGAGUGGCAGGUCUGCUUGUUGCCCCCUCUGGAUUCAUGGAGCAGGGUGCGGAGGGCUGGAAGGCUUUUCUGGCAAUCAGUGUUAGGCCAAAAGUGAUGCUCCUUUAGAAAUCCAGUACUUCACAGCAAUUGGCAUCCUGCUCUACAGAGUGGCCUGUGGCAUCGUGAAGUUACUGCGUCAUGAAAACCUGUGAAAAGCUAGAAAUUCAGCGACCAUGCUCCUCCAGAGCUCACAGAGACACGCUCCCAUGUGAUAAGACGCCAACCCUCCUGUCGACAGGAAAUCUCUACCAGAACCCCAUUCAUUUUUUAAGACACAUAUUUGUUUGUUUGUUUGUUUUCAGGAUCAAGGAUACUGAUCUAGCUUUAAGUAGCAAACUGAUUUAUAUAUGCAAUUUUAGGAUGCAGUAAGAUGAAUGAUAGCCUUUACAUAUUGGGAACUUUACUGCAGAUUUGUUUUGGAAAAUAGCUUUGCAUACUAAAUGCAGGUUAAUUUUGUAAAAUUCAUUAUGUUAAACAGUAUGUUCACUUUCUGCCAUGGCCAAAAAAGUAAGUGUGAAAGUGUGUGUAUGCGUGUGUGUUUGUGAAAGGAUGCCAGUAUUUUACCUGAGCUCUUAGUGACACUUCAGUUAUCUAUGCAUUCUUUAUAUCUGUGAUUCGGUAAACAGGCAGCCAUGUUCUCUAUACCUUGUAUGUCCUCUACCAUUUUUUAAUUAACUUGUUAAAUACAGCUUAAGAUAUUUUUAUUUUAUUUAUUCUAUUUUUACUGAAAUAUACCGCGUUGUUGUGUUAAUGUAAUUGUUAUCUCUACUGAGAAUUACUGUCACAAUGUAUCCAAAUCGAAGUAAUCUCAGUGAACUACAUGUUGCCUAAAUGGUGGUUUUGUAAUGCUUUGUAGUCACAUUUCUAUUGGAAUAUGUAGAAGAAAAGGCAAAUGCUUCUUCAAGGUUCUUUUAUUUUUUAAAAGCCACUAGCUCGACAUAGUCCUGCUGCCACAUUUAAGUGCUUCUUGGCAGCACCAGCGGGGACAGCCAGCAGUCCUGUGGCUGAGAACUCUCCAUAGACUAAGCACUGUGCGGUGCUGAUUUUUAUAUCCUUCACAACCUCUGUGACGCCAUCUUGCUCUCCACACAUAGCUCACUGGAGCCAUUGUUGUUUUUGUUUGUCUGACUGCAUGCAGGAACAUUAGACCCAUUGCCAUUAAAACAAGCUCUUGGUGAUAAAUUGUUGGCACUGUUACUUUUUUUUUUUUAAUCCGCUUGUAAGAAUAUUCUGCACAAAGCCAUCAUUAGCGCCCCCAAAGCUUCCUUUACUUGUACGGCACACUCGUAAGCAUCGCAACCCAAGAUAUCAUGAGCCUUAGGAGAAAUAUUUCCCUGUUACCGGCACAACUUAAUGAAACCGUCAGCGCUAGGGGGCCAGGCUUCACCUGAUACACAGCUAACAUAGGUGUUCCUGCCAGGAAAACAUCACACCGCCACCCAGUGGUCGCUGGUGGCCACUGCAGCUGUCUGACACUUCCUUUUCUUUUCCCCAUCUUUUACUGUUGACCACUUUUACACAUUUCAAUGUAAUAUGUUGUGAAAAUAAAUUUGGCUUCAUAAAAUG